UUGGCGAUAAUCGAACCUAAGACCUGUCACUUAUAAGUGAAGAUGAAUAUCACUAGACUGUAGUACUAAGUGGCAAGACUGUCCAAUAGUUUAACCACCAAGUUCGUAAGUUUUCAUUCAAUGUUUUUGUGUGCAUGAGGUUAUGUCUUCCCUCGAAACAUUAUGCAUUAAGACAACCUAAAUCUCAAAUUUAAUAUCACAUAUUGACAUGGUUGAUUGUUUUAUAGUCUAUGUUAAGUUUUUAGCCUUACAUUGGCAGCUAAUUGCUUAGAUUUUAGGUUUCAAGUUUUUAGCCCUACAUGUAUGGAAGUUACUUUCCACACGAGCAUUUGUUUUCCCUUGUUUCCUGAGAGCCAAUUAGUACGGUAACACAACUUUUUGUGGACAGGAUAUGGUGGUGGAGGGGGAGGAUUGACACUUCCUCUAACACGACUGAGUUUGCACUGGCUGAAAUCUUGAACAAACCAAAGAUGAUGGAAAAAGCCAAGCAAGAGUUAGAAGAUGUAGUUGGAAAACACAACAUUGUAGAAGAAUCCCACAUCGACAAAUUGCCAUACUUACAAUUUAUGAUGAAAGAAACCUUGCGCUUGCACCCAACCCUGCCUUUGUUAGUCUCUCAUUACCCAAGUGAAACAUGCAUUGUGGGAGGCUGCACCAUUCUGAAAGGAUCUCAGAUUUUCAUCAAUGUUUGGGCCAUACUCAAAGACCCUUCAAUUUGGGAAAACCCGUUGGAGUUCAAUCGGGAGAGGUUCUUGGACAUCAAAUGGGACUACAGUGGGAAGGACUUCAACAAAUUUCCAUUUAGUUCAAGCAGAAGAAUAUGUGUUGGGAUUGCAAUGGUUGAGAGCAUGGUGAUGCAUUCACUUGAUACACUUUUGCAUUCUUUCGAUUGGAAAUUGCCAGAGGGAGAGAAGUUGGAUCUUUCUGAGAAGUUUGGGAUUGUGUUGAAGAAGAAGCUUCCUUUGGUUGCCAUCCUAACUCCAAGGUUAUCAAAUGUAGCACUCUAUGAAAUUCCUUAAAAUACUUCACUUGUAAUAAUUAAUACCUUAAGCCCAAAAAUAUUUCUGGAAAAUUGCAUGUUUACGAUAAUGUUCUCUUGUGAGAUAUUGGUAUAUCAAUUAUGAAUUUAUACCAAACUUCUGUUCCUAGAAAUUUCUAGGUAUAAGAGCAUUUGUUUUGAAAACCUCAAGCUUAUGUUCCUCUUUCUACGAUUUUCUUUUCUCAAGCAUUUCCAGAUUUGACUUGUUUUAUUUGUCUUCUCUGUUAAUAUGAUGAAAAAUGAUAUUUCAAAUUGCUCAAGUCCGAAGGGUAGGACUAAUCCCCAAUGAAACUCG